AUGCAUCGCUCUUUUAAGAGAAGGAAGUUCUAGUUGACAUCUUUGAUUUAGUAUAAGAUGUAGAUACAAAACUCUUUUGUGUCAUAGUCGAAAUAUUUAGAAAGGAGAAAGUUAUAGAGAUAUCUUUCUUAUAAUAAAAAUCAAAAACAGUUGGAGUUUCAAUAAGUUAGAUUAUUCUAGUGAAGAAAAUUAAGAAUAGAUAAAAGAUCUCAUUAAUAGAAUCCAGGAUAAGAGAAGGAUCAUAGAAUUUCUGUAAUUUUUAGUUUACCUUACAUCUAUGGAUAACACUUUGAUAUAAUGUGGAUCUAAUUCACUACAUACCUUAGUUUAGUUUAGGAUGAAGGUCGAACUUAGUAAUAACAAUUUUGAAAACAUUAAGAUAUAAAUGUUUCUUUCGUAGGAGGUAAUUUUGUUAGGUGUAAUUUUAGUGAAUCUUAAUUUAAUACUGACAACAUAAGUGGAACAAAUCUUAAUGGAGCAUUAUUGUUUAAUUGUAAAUGGAACAACUUAAGAAUUUACUAGUUUUGCUUACACAGUCUGUUUCUCACAUGACGGAAAUACAUUAGAUUCUGGUAGUGGGGAUAAUUCUAUUCGUCUAUGGGAUUUCAAAAUAUGA